AUGUCUUCGCAAGCCGCGGAAGCCUCCAGCGAGCGAUUUCGGAACCUCGUCGACAAAGACCUCUACGCGGCCGUGCAGCAGGCGCCACGGGUCCUCAUAAACGAGUUCACCUUGCCCAUCCGCUCCGGCCGGGCGUGGGAGGCGGCCGCCGGCUCCAUCGUGAAGAUCAACACUCCCUCGGGGCCGCAAGUUGAAAGAAAAUCAAUCUCCGGCGGCGCCCAGUACGACUUCCACUGCCACUCGAACCUGGUCCGGGCCGUCACGCCGUGGGGCCUCAACGAAACGGACGUCCACCAUGUCAUCAACAUCUUCCAGUCGACGGGGCUGGACGAUGGGGGGAGGUACUUUAUGAACCCGUGUCCUGCUGAAAAGGGGGACAGUCUUGAGUUCCUCGCCUCGCAGGAUCUCCUCAUGGCUUUGAGCACUUGCCCCGGAGGCGAUCUCUCCCUCUGGGGAUUCGGCAGUGACAGCGAGGAGGAGAUGAUCAAGUGCUGCCGGCCCCUCAAGGUCCAGGUCUACGAGCUGUAG